UCAGCCUGUAGUGUGGUUUUCCACUUUAAUUUUGAGUGUGACUCCAAAUCCAGACCUCCAUGGGUUGAUAAAUUGGAUUUCCAUUGAUUAUUUUUGUGUGAUUUUGUUGUCAGCACAUUCAACUAUGUAAAGAAAAAAGUAUUUAAUAAGAUUAUUUAUUUCAUUCAGAUCUAGGAUGUGUUGUUUAAGUGUUCCCUUUAUUUUUUUGAGCAGUAUAUUAAUGUAAAGCACAUCCUUCUACCACAUAUUUAUUCCUUAACUACCAUACAAUAGAACUCGCAAGUGCAUUAUUUAUUCAGCCCCCAAAAUAUCACUGCACCAAAAUAUAAACCAGCAAUACAAAUUAAUAUGGAAUGCUAUUCCUUACAUGGGUAAGAAUGAAGUUCUUCAAAUUCUGUUGAAAAGACUGAAAGUGCAUAUUUGCGUUCAUACUGGACUCGGAGAGAUGUUAUCCUUGUAAAUGUGAAUAGCCACAACAGACAGAGCCCAACUCGCCUCAGGAGGAGAAUCCCCAGUCUCUAUUUUGGUGACGCACUGCCUCUUCCUGUGGCCGCACACUUGUGCUGUCUCUGCUCGUGCAAGACCGAACUUCCAGUUGAUGAGUCACCUGAACGGGACGGGACUGUCAGGAGAUUUCUCUGAAGAGCUCUUCUUUGGGAUUUGGUUGGCAGAUCGCAUCCAACUUUUAGGUACCUACACCUACUGUACUGGUGUGUGAGGCCAUUCACAGCCUACCAACAUAUUUAAUUAAUACAAAAUUUGAGAAAAUUAAAAUUACCCUACCACCUAUUAGCCCUCUAAAAAAACACCCUUUCCACUAUUUAACCCUACCUAGUCCUACUCUAGACCAAUGGUCUGAGAGGACAUACAGUGCAUUCGGCAUGUAUUCAGACCCCUUGACUUUUUCCACAUUUUGUUACGUUACAGCCUUAUUCUAAAAUGUAUUAAAUUGUUUAUUUCCCACCCAUCAUUCUACAUGCAAUACCCCAUAAUGUGAAGCAAAAACUGUUUCAACAUCUAGUGAAAAGCCUUCCUUGGUGGUUGACAUCCAAUAAAUGUGGCAUUACCGCCACCUACUAGACUGGAGUACAACUCCCUUAUACUUGGCCUGAGAUGGGACUAAAUAGAUUCAAAUAGUGGAGUAUGGUGGUGUUAUUUUUGUAUUAUUUAAAAAAAUGUGUUAGUAUAGUGUUAGAUGGUAGAAUAUUUAUUUGUUCAAGCAAAUAACCUGGAAGGAGGGGACACCACCACUUAACACACCCUGUAACUCUUCUGAUGUCAAGUCUCACACACCCAAAUACCUUUCUGCAGCUGCCACCACAACCUCCAUUACAGUUGAUAACCAUUAUUAUAAAUGCUAAAAAUCGAAUCUUACUGAAACAUAUCACUUGUUGGCCUAUCCUUCUGUACUGGUACAGAUCUACUCACACCAAUCCUCUCAGGAUCCCUCCCCCUUGACCCAUCUUCCUCUACUUUCUUCACUGCCUCAGCAUGUGACAAUUUCUACACUACUGUAACCCUGGAAACCUCAACUUGCCUCUCUCGCACGGUACAUUUCUGAUCCCCCAGCCCCAUGGGCACCCCUACAAUUAACACAUACCACUACUUUCCCCAAUGCUACACAUUCCUUUGUCUCAUGCCCUUCUGCACACUUCUCACACCUAGGAAUCUCCCUUCUACACACUGCUGCCACAUGCCCAUAAGCUUGACACCUGUAACAACAUAAUGUAUUCGGCACAAAAGCUCGUACAGGAUAACUUAUAUAUCCUAACAUCACUUUGUUGGGCAAAGACUCAACAUGAAAACUCAAAAGAACAGACAAUGAUUUCUGUUUCACCACUCACGCCACCCUGUCUGCGUCGCACCAAACAAUGAGCAUCACAAACCCCGGGGAUCUUCCCCUUCAGUUGGUCAACGUUUACAUUUACUGCUACCCUAGUAAUCACUCCUUUCAAUGGCACCCUUUUCUUGAGAGCAAAACAAUUCACAUUUCUUGCCCCCAUUCGUUUAACGCGGCGCGCCUUCUCCCUCUGACCAGCAGAAACAAACAAUUUUCACAAAACCACUUCUGGUUACCCUCACUGAUUCCACAGCACCCAACUCUGUUUUCCCCACCCUGAAACCACAAAUGGAUCAGCCAAAAGGCAAGGGUCCACUUUUUCAAAAAGCUUCACUCCUACUGUCACAGACUCAUCUUUAUCCUGACCCUCGGUGCAAGCCUUGGACUCAGAACUUCACCACACCUACCACCUCAGAUACUUCGACCUCAUUCACUUCCAUUUAUCCUCUUCAGCUCACUCUGCUUACAUUUUCUACCAUUCUUCUUUAACAAACCAUCCCCCUUUUUGUUGCAAUUUUUAACCGACUCAAGCUCACCCUCUUUCUCUCUUAAACCUCCUCUGCCUCUCUUUUUCCCUCCAAUCCUCCUCCGUGUUCCAAGUAUACAUCUCCUUAUGAUAAUACUGGACUUCUCCUGACAUAUGUCUUAUUCUUGCCUUCUCAAGGGAUGCCAUUUAACCUGCUGUCACAAUCUCCGUACAAUCAGCACAGACCCCUGGGGAUGUCAUCACCGGAAGCCUUCCCAGAAGAUUUGACGCUUUUAUAGUAGCAAAGGGUGGACCACCUCCAUAUUAAAGCCCAUGAUUUUGGAACAAGAUGUUCAACGAGCAGGUGUCCACAUACUUUUAGUCAUGUAGUGUAUAUGUUUCAUUAAGGUUGGUUUCUUAGUGUUCAUAGCAAUGGUUAUCAACUGUGCCUUAGAGAUGGAACGUAAAUCACAAAAAAUAGAUGUGGUGGCAGCUGCAGAGAAGUAUUUGGGGGUACGCGAUUUAACUUCAGAAGAGUGGGUGUGUUGAGUGGUAGGGCCCCGUCCUCGCAGGUUGCUGACCAGGGGUAGAAUUAGAUAGGGUUAAAGUAGUAGAAUAAGGUGGUGGGUUUUAAUGAGUGUAGGGUUAGUUGGUAGGGUAAUUCAAAAUGUAUUUCAUUUUUAUUUUCCCUUUUCCACUUUUCACAUGUAUCACAAAGUGUAAUGGAUGUAUACUAUAGUUCAGUUAGGGCGAUAAUACAACAUAUUGGAUACCAACCGCCGUUAAACUCCACCGAAGAAGAAUGCGUAUUUUACCAAGGUGAGAAAUAUGUGGGCUGCCAGUGUUAGAACACGUUUUUGAGGUGGUUUCUUCUACUCCUGUCCUAUAUUCGAAUAGGUCUACUUGCGCGAGUCGACACUACUUUUACCUAUGAACUGCAUGCGCACGUGUGUAAAAUCCGGGCUCGAGGAAGGAUGAAUGUAAUUCAAAGAUGGCGGCGGAGGGAGGAGGGAAGGAGAUUAACGAAAUUAAAACUCAGUUCACUACACGGGAAGGCGUCUAUAAACUCCUCACUCAUUCCGAAUAUAGUCGCCCCAACAGGGUGCCUUUCAAUUCCCAGGGUUCGAACCCUGUCAAAGUUUCAUUUGUCAACGUCAAUGACCAGUCUGGCAACGGCGACCGAAUCUGUUUCAAUGUGGGCCGGGAGCUGUACUUCUACAUCUACAAAGGCGUUAGAAAGGCUGCUGACCUAAGCAAACCUAUCGACAAGAGGAUAUACAAAGGAACACAGCCCACGUGUCACGACUUCAACCACCUCACGGCCACAGCGGAGCGCGUCUCCCUGCUGGUGGGCUUCUCGGCAGGCCAAGUGCAGCUCAUCGACCCAAUCAAGAAGGAGACCAGCAAGCUCUUCAAUGAGGAAAGACUAAUAGACAAAUCCAGAGUAACUUGUGUAAAAUGGGUGCCAGGCUCGGAGAGUCUGUUCCUAGUCGCUCAUUCCAGUGGAAACAUGUACUUGUACAAUGUGGAGCACACGUGUGGCACCACGGCGCCUCACUACCAGUUGCUCAAACAGGGCGAGAACUACUCAGUGCACACUUGUAAGAGCAAGUCCACGCGCAACCCCUUGCUCAAAUGGACGGUGGGUGAGGGAGCGCUUAACGAGUUUUCCUUCUCACCCGAUGGAAAGUUCCUGGUGUGCGUGAGCCAGGACGGCUUCCUUCGGGUCUUCAACUUUGAUGCGGUGGAGCUGCACGGGACCAUGAAAAGCUACUUUGGGGGUCUGCUGUGCGUGUGCUGGAGUCCAGACGGAAAGUACAUUGUCACGGGGGGCGAGGAUGAUCUGGUGACCGUGUGGUCGUUUGUGGACUGCCGGGUUAUUGCACGCGGUCACGGACACAAGUCGUGGGUGAGCGUGGUGGCGUUUGACCAUUACACAACCAGUGUGGAGGAUGCGGACCCUAUGGAGUUCAGCGGCAGUGACGAGGACUUCCAGGACCAGAUCCACUUCGGUCGCGACCGGGCCAACAGCUCGCAAUCCCGACUUUCUAAGCGCAACUCCACGGACAGUCGGCCGGUACAGGUCACAUACAGGUUUGGCUCAGUGGGCCAGGACACUCAACUCUGCUUGUGGGACCUCACAGAAGAUAUCCUUUUCCCCCACCUCCCACUUUCCCGGACAAGAACGCACACCAAUGUGAUGAAUGCUACCAGCCCCCCGGCGGGAGGGGACGUGGCUGUGAGAGGCGGGGUAGGUGGUGGCAUAGUGAGUAAUAACCCUAGCACUAACGGCACCAACACCCCUGGUAACCCCCUCCCUACUCCCCUGCCACGCUCCAACAGCUUACCGCACUCUGCAGCUACGACCGCCAACAGCAAGAGUAGCGUCAUGGACAACACCAUCGCCACAGGCGUAAGCAAGUUCGCCACCCUCUCCAUUCACGAUCGCAAAGAGCGGCACCACGAGAAGGACCACAAACGGAACCACAGCAUGGGCCACAUUAGCAGCAAGAGCAGUGACAAGCUCAACAUGCUCACCAAAACCAAAACAGACCCUGCAAAGACACUGGGGACGCUGCUCUGUCCCCGCAUGGAAGACAUACCCUUACUAGAGCCCCUCAUCUGUAAAAAAAUAGCACAUGAGAGACUGACUGUCUUAAUAUUUCUUGAAGACUGUAUAGUGACAGCUUGUCAGGAGGGAUUUAUUUGCACAUGGGCAAGGCCUGGCAAAGUGGGUUUGUCAUCCCAAAACCAAGACAGCUCUCCCAGUGGAACUGUAGUAUAGUAUUAUUUAUGCUGCUAAGAAACCUGCUUCACAGAGCUGUAUUGUCACCAGAGCCUGGUGCUGCUUUUCACCCCGCAAAGCACUGCAAGUUUUAUUUUAUUUUUGGUUAUCAUACACAUGGCCUAGAUGGUGGAAGUAUUCAAAUACAGAAAUGGAAAGGGUGUGGUGCAGUUUUGGACAGUGGCUCUGUCCUUUUCUGGAAUUUUCUAAAAUAUUUUUUUAUUACUUGUCUUCUCUCGCUCAUAUACGUUAGGCUGUUUUUCUGGACUUCGAGCUUGGCUUAGUUUGAUGAAACCAUUCAUAUUAUGCUUGUGUUUAAAAGGAUAGUUCACCCAACAACUUUUAUCAUUCCUGUUUCUUACCUUGCAAGUUGUCCAUGGGCCAGGAGUGACUGCCACAAGCUGUCACAGGCUAAAGUCUAUAUGAAUUACACAAAAACAGUGGUGUUCCAUAGUGCCCACCAUCCAUUGUCUAAAAGUUGCACACCAAAAUCAUGUCCUUCAUCUACAUUAGCCUUUAUUAUUUGGAAUAUGUGCAUUGUCAAAGGGUACUACAGUUGCUAAAGUCAAACUAUGUUCUUGACCUACCUACACACUAUCACAUCUUUUGGUGUGGCUUGUCUUCUGUUCAGAAGGUGGUCUCGGUCAUCAUAGGUGUGGUUUUUGCAGUCAGUCCAGGCUCAGACCGCAUUCAAGGUAAGGAAAAAGAUUCACCAAAAUGAAAUUAGUGUAAACUAUCCCUUUAAGUCCAAGAAUGUGGGUAUGUAAGGAUUUGCUUUCAUCCAAAGUAUUUUUAAUUUACUGAACAAAAAUAUAAACGCAACAUGUAAAGUGUUGGUUUCAUGAGCUGAAAUAAAAGAUAAACACAAAA